GGAGGCGCGCGCGGGCCUGGGAACAGCCGCGGAGCGUCCACAGGUUCGAAUCCUCUCCUGUUCACACGCCGGGAGACGCCGGAGAGGAGUGGAUCCGGAGCUGCCAGUGUGGGCGGUGCGGCUGUUUGCAACGACUUCUCGCCUUUUCCCAAGGCGAGGGACCGCAGGCUUGUUGAAUCCUUGUGCUCCCCGCUCCCCUCUCCCCUUUCUAUCUGACACAUUUUCGAAUUGGAUUUCCUCCCCCUCUUCCUUUUUUUGUAAUUGCAUGGAAAACGGAAGGAGACGCCCGAGAGAGAGAGAAAAUUGGAAUUUUGCAGGCAGUUUGGGUGGCUGGAGAGAAAGGGCCGGGAACGAACAAAAGCCGCCGAAGCAGGGAAGGAAAAGAAGCUGCUACGUCCGCCUUUGUCAUACGCAAGCCGGAGAGCAGCAGGAUCGGGGCCGCUGCUGGCUGGAUGCAAUGCUCGCUUCCGGAAUCCCUGCAUCGCGGCCGUUGUAGAUGUUGAAAGCUGGGGCUCUCCCCACGGAGUGGGACGGGGCGGGGGGUCUGACCCCAGCUGCUGAGUGUUUUGAAGGCUCCAUGAUGCCCAGCCACUUGCAGGACUAAGUGGAUGGUGGGGGAAGGCACUGGACCGUCAGCCGUGACUGCGCCUUGGUGUGCCACCAAGUUGGUGCUCCCUUUUUUUCUUCUAAGACGAGCCCAGCUAGCCGAUCAAAAUAGAGUCCCUCAAGGUGAAAGUUGACUUUCUGAAGGUGCCCCUCGGCCUGAAGAAGCCCACUCUGAAAGAGGCAGCGGCUGCCUUGGCGGCUGUCCCGGGGCCUGGGAGACCCAAGUCCAUCAACGUGGACCGCUACAAGGCGCGGCGCUCUGACAACAUGGACAACGAGUCUCAGUAUUCCGGGUACUCCUACAAGUCCGGCCAUUCCCGCAGCUCCCGGAAGCACAGAGAUCGACGAGAGCGGCACCGUUCCAAGAGUCGAGAUGGGAGUCGAGGGGACAAGUCGGUGACCAUCCAGGCCCCUGGGGAGCCCCUGCUGGACAAUGAGUCAACUCGAGGCGAUGAAAGGGAUGACAACUGGGGAGAGACCACCACGGUGGUGACCGGCACGUCUGAGCACAGCAUCUCCCACGAUGACAUCACGCGCAUCACCAAGGACAUGGAGGACAGCGCCCACCUGGACUGCUCCCGCCACCUGGGCGUCUCGCUGGGCGGGGCCCUGGCCCUCCUCUCCUUCCUCACGCCCUUGGCCUUCAUGCUGCUGCCCCAGCUGCUGUGGGGGGAGCGGCUGGAGCCGUGCGGGACGCCUUGCGAGGGGCUCUUCAUCUCGGUGGCCUUCAAGCUCCUCAUCCUCCUGCUGGGCAGCUGGGCCCUCUUCUUCCGCCGCCCCAAGGCCUUCUUCCCGCGGAUCUUCGUCUUCCGCGCUCUCCUCAUGGUGCUCGUCUUCCUCCUGGUCGUCUCCUACUGGCUCUUCUACGGCGUCCGGAUCUUGGACUCUCACGACACCAACUACCAGGGCAUCGUCCAGUAUGCCGUCUCCCUGGUGGACGCCCUUCUCUUCGUCCACUACCUGGCCGUGGUUCUCCUCGAGCUGCGGCAGCUCCAGCCCCAUUUCACCCUCAAGGUUGUCCGCUCCACCGAUGGGGCAAGCCGGUUUUAUAACGUCGGCCACCUCAGCAUCCAGCGAGUUGCUGUGUGGAUCCUGGAGAACUACUACCACGACUUCCCGGUCUACAACCCGGCCCUCCUCAACCUCCCAAAGUCCGUUCUCUCCAAGAAGAUGUCUGGCUUCAAGGUGUACUCCCUUGGCGAGGAAAACACAACCAACAACUCAACAAGCCAGUCACGGGCUGUCAUUGCUGCAGCGGCACGGCGGAGGGACAACAGCCACAACGAGUAUUACUAUGAGGAGGCUGAGCAUGAGCGCAGGGUGCGCAAGAGACGUGCAAGGCUGGUGGUGGCUGUGGAGGAGGCCUUCACUCAUAUCAAACGGCUCCAGGAGGAGGACCAGAAAAACCCGCGGGAGAUCAUGGACCCGCGAGAGGCGGCGCAGGCCAUCUUUGCCUCCAUGGCCCGGGCCAUGCAGAAGUACCUGAGGACCACGAAGCAGCAGCCGUACCACACAAUGGAGAGCAUCCUGCAGCACCUGGAGUUCUGCAUCACACACGACAUGACGCCUAAGGCCUUCCUCGAGCGAUACCUGACGGCUGGGCCCACCAUCCAGUACCACAAGGACCGCUGGCUGGCUAAGCAGUGGACUCUUGUCAGCGAGGAGCCAGUGACCAACGGCUUGAAGGACGGCGUGGUCUUUGUCCUGAAGCGCCAGGACUUCAGUCUGGUGGUGAGCACGAAAAAGAUCCCCUUCUUCAAGCUCUCGGAGGAGUUUGUGGACCCCAAGUCGCACAAGUUUGUGAUGCGGCUUCAGUCAGAGACCUCCGUGUGAAUUGAAUCUGGGGUUUAGGGGAUUGGAUGCCAGAGGAGCGAUUUGCAACGGGGAGCAGCCCUGGUGCACAACACCUGCCUCGUAGGAAUUUAGAGGAGAUUUCCAAGCUCGGGGUUUGGAAAGAGGCAUUUCCACCAAGUUUUCCUUCCUGGAGUUGGGAGUUUGCACCUACGACCUUACAUCUUCUGAUGCCGCCAUCGAUGGACCUUUCUUCACAAUGCCAGUGGAGGGGUGGGGUGGGUGGAUGUGCCCCCUUUUUUCUUGUACCUCCUUUUUCAUAUUUUUUUGGUAGCAAAAUUCCCAGGAGCCCAGAAGGUGUGCAAGUGGAAAGGAUGGUAUCUUCCCCACCCUCCCCCAACCCCUGGCCUGGUCCCGAGUGAAGUGAUUGAAAUUUAUGGUGCCAAAUUUUAAGGGCUAAUUCCGUUCACUGUCUUCACCAGCAUCACCAAACACAGUUGUGGGUCUGAGGAACCUUCUUGAAUGUUUGUUUGGUUGUUGUUUUUUAAAAAAGAACACAAACCGACUCUAACCUCACAGUUCUGGCCUUGGAAAUAUCACCUGAUGCUGUUGUAGUGGUUGCCGUCCAUCUUCUCUCGUUCUCUGUGCUUGCACAAGACUUUUGCGGAGUCCCACGAAAGCAAAUGCCUAUGGAUGGUAGGCUUGUGUGGCUGCUAUUUUUUGUAAUCUUCCAUCAUUCCAUGGCACAUGCAAAAAAACAACAAAAAACCCCAACCCAGCCAGCUCUCUCGAAUUUUUGCAAGUCCGAUCUAAAACCAUCCUGUUUCAACUUCCUCUGGGGUCUUUCUCUGACUCAAGUUUUUAAACACACAAAGACACAUUUUGAGGGGAGAUGGGGUGAGGUUUUUAAAAUGGUGACUUUUUUUUUUAAGAUGCUGUUCUCUUUUAAAGGACAUCCUGUGUGUUGUAAAUAGUUGACUUCUCUAGGGUGACCCAAACUGUCUCCUGGCUGGGUCUUGUCUCCUUGACUCUUCCCUGUGGUUUGACCCUUGGUUUGACUUGAAAGAAGGCUGUUACAUUCUGUAGGACUUGGGUAUAAGCUGAUAAACUGACCCCCCCUCCCCUUUCUGGAGUGUGAGAGGCUGCUUCUUUUGCACAAGCCCCUUUGAAAUGAACGGCAGCCCCCACGAGCGGGUGAGCGUUCCUGUUCAUUUUGACAAGGCUUCUGCAGGGAAACUGCCCAGUGGACCCUGCCCUCUUUGAAAACCACAGCAAAAUGCCAUGAAUUUCAGAGUUCUGGAGCAACCUUGCUCCCUCCACGUUGAUUUUUUUCUCUCCAGAUCCUCACUAUUACGUUUUUUAAUUUUUUAUUUUAAAAAAGCAGGUUCUCCCCUUAUAACAGCUGCACUGAAGAAAAUGAUCCAGUGUGAGAAAUGGGCAAUUUGCAGCUUUGCUCUUCAAGCAGGCCAGCUUUCUGUCUGUGUUGUGGGGUGGUUUGCCUCCACUCCACCUUGAACAGCCUUGGUGGAGAGACAGAACAUCUGGGUGAAGCUGCUAUCUUACCAUCCCAGAAAGGAGCCCCCCCUCCUCCCCUGUUAGUUUCCCCAGGCAACCAUCCCCCCUGCCUUGAGCUUUCAUGCAGCUCCGCCAGCCGCCUCAAUGCCUUUUGGGAAAUCCAAGAACAAAGAUGUUGAUUGGCUGCCCCCCCCCCCCCCCGCCGCCAGAGCCUGAUGAGGUCACACUGGGCCGUAACUCCCAUCGUCCUCUUUGUGCUUUAAAUGUUUAUUGUUCUGUCUGGCUAUUUCUUCUGGAAGAAAUUCCUCCCCGCCCCCCCUUUGCUACAAGGAAUAUACCUCAGGAGUUUUUCUGCUGAGGUUCUUUCCAUAGCUGCGCUGCAGUUUCAACUUACCUAGGGUUGUUUUUUUAAAAAUAAAAUUAAUUAUUAUUAAAAGUAGGUGUCGGGUUGCUCUCAGACUAAUUGCAGUGUGAGAGCCGCUCAAGCCUUCUCUCUUUGUGGGUGGUUCUUCUUGGGGGGGUUGGUAAGGAUGUUGGGGUGAGAAAUCUCAAAUGGCAUCUUUGGCCAGGCUCCUCCCCUCCAGCCAUUUUAGACUACAACUCCCAUCAGCCUCAGCCCAUGCAGUUAUGCUAGCUGUGGAUGAUGGGCGUUGUAGUCCAAAACAACUGGAGGGCCACAGCCUGGCUAGGGCUCUCAGAUUGUAUCACUGUGAUGUUUAAAUUUUAUUUCACUGUGGUUUUUUUAUUGUUUCAUUUUUUAUAUAUAUUUGGAGCACGAUCCAGCCAGAAGGUGAAGCACUUUCUCAAUUAUAAUUCCCUUUGAGUACAGCAUCUCUCCUGUUGAAACCAAUGUGCAACGCUAUGGCUGGAUUCGGCCUUUUUUAAUUUUAAUUAUUAAAGGAGGACUUUGAAAAGAUGUUUCCUUAAGUUGGAUCUGUCCGGUUUCGGGUGGGGCGGGAGGUGAGGGCAGUAAGCAUUCUAGAACCUUCUUUCCCUGCUGUGGAAUCCCACAUGUUGAAACAGGAGACUUCCUGAUAGAGGCCGCUUAGGACCUCUUCGGCACAUCUUGGUUUAAAGGGCACACCUGAAAAUGUGAAGUGCAAACGUGAUCUGUUGGCUACAGUCGUGACCUCGGGGGGGGGGGUAGCUGUAACUCGCUGCCCAUUGGGAAGCCCAGUCUUGCUAGUUGUGAAAUGGCUUUCAGAAACUUGAAAAUGGGGCCUACAUGCAUCAGUGCGACAUUUCUCCCCCUCCCAAGUUGCAUUGGUGAAGAUUUGCCCCCCUUUUCUCUGCCAGAUGGCGCCUCCUGUUGCGCCAUCUCCUGCCGUUUUUUGGGGGGUCUUCAUUUUUCUACCUAUGAUGUCUGCUUCACUUCUGCCAUAAACCUGCUUUAAACUAAUGGCAACAUCUUUCCCCCCUCCCCGUGUGGCUUAGCCUACGAUACAUGCAGAUCUCCUUGAUCUGGCACUGGUGGGUGCUAACACCUCUACCAGAGCAGCCGAAAGGUGACCCGAGAGCCACGUAGCAGCCCCUUGAACCCCAACUGCAGCCUUCACCAAUCUGAUGCCCUUCAGAUGGUUUGGACUGGGGCUGAUGGGAGUUGUAGUCCUAAACGUUUGGCAGGCACUGGAUUGGUAAAGUCUGGUGGGUUCUCUGUAGCCUCUGGCUGGGUUGGGUCCUGCACCUGUUUAAUGAGUUCAGGAAGUCUUAGUUUACUCUUAGAGCAGUGGUUACCAAACUUGGGUCUCCAACUCCCACCAUCCCUAACUAGUAAGACAGGGAUGAUGGGAACUGUAGUCUAACAACAGCUGAAGAUCCAAGUUUGGGAAACACUGUCUUAGAGGAAGCAAGAGCUGGUUCUGUAUGUACAAGUGUGCAGGUGAGUCCAUUUCUUAAGAGGCUUCAGGCAUGUUAUGUAGUGAUCCAUUUGUGUAGUAAUAAUUCUCUUGUCUUGGGCGAUGUGCUUUCUCUGGCUGGUGGCUGGUCGCAUCCUCCUAGGGGUGGUUGCCACAUCGUGGCAAAAGCUCAAAGCGAGCCAGAAGUCACAAAAUGCUCACAAGCCCAGGCAAGCUCCAAGUUUGUGGCAACACAUCUUCAGUGGAGAGAUCUUGAAUAUACGGUGGUCUUUCCAACCUGGUGCUCCCUUGCUGGGUUGGCCUGCUAUUCCUGUCACCCCCAGGCUGCCGUUCUGUGGUCCUGCUCACAUUGCAGGGCUGUGAUGGCUGGGGCUGAUGGGAAUUGUAGUCCAGAGCAGCUGGCAGAGCUGGGGAAAGCGGAUUUAACCUGUCCCUGCUUGUAUCUCUGAUCUUGGCCUUCCAGGUGUGACUUCACUGCCAUUUCACAUUGUCACAGAGGAAACCCUUCCGGCUUGAUCGCAAGUAGUGGUUUGGCAAGAGGACAAAGUUUCAGUGGCAGAAAUACCACCAACUCCCCCUCUCGUAUUGAAAAUGUAAAAUAGAAACUUCUUCCCCCCUGCCUCAAACACACACUGAAUUUAGGAAAAUACCUUUUUGUUUCUUUUUUAAAGACAGAGUUGGAAAAACCUUGUGCAUGCGUGUAGAAAAUUGUAAAAUGUAAAAUUGUUUUUUAAUAUAUAAAAUUUUGUUUUUACAGUUUGCAGUGGUACUAAGCAUUAUUGCAAUGUUAGUAAGGUUUUUUUUCAUAAAUCUAGGAAGUAAAACUGUACAUUUUUUUUAAAAAAAAUAAAAUAAACACCUUUUGGAACUUUUGAAA